AAUUCUCUCCUUAAUAAUACAUAGAGGUGAAAAUAAUUAUUUAUUGUUUUUCGAUUAAAGCAAAAUUUUCAGACAAUUUGCGGAAACAGCAUAAUACAAGCAGAUCUCUGUUCUCACUAUCAUUGCAGCCUCAGAUCGACCUCAUCGUUCUUCACAUAGUUUCCAGGAAAGGUAAUUGACCAAGGCAUUGUGACACCACAUUUCCAUCAUGGAAGAGCCCCUGUACCCAAUUGCGGUUCUAAUUGAUGAGCUCAAGAAUGAAGACAUUCAACUUCGGUUGAACUCAAUCCGUCGUUUGUCAACAAUUGCUCGUGCACUUGGAGAGGAGAGAACUCGAAAGGAAUUGAUUCCUUUUCUGAGUGAGAACAAUGAUGAUGAUGAUGAAGUGCUUCUUACAAUGUCAGAAGAAUUGGGAGUUUUCAUUCCAUAUGUUGGCGGAGUUGAACAUGCAAGUGUUUUGCUUCCACCACUUGAAGGUCUCUGUAGCGUUGAAGAGACUUGUGUCAGAGAAAAGGCUGUUGAGUCAUUGUGCAGAAUUGGAUCUCAAAUGAAGGAAUCUGACUUGGUAGAGGCGUUCAUUCCUCUUGUGAAGAGGCUGGCAGCGGGCGAGUGGUUUACUGCUCGUGUAUCAUCAUGUGGAUUAUUUCACAUUGCUUAUCCCAGUGCUCCAGAGCCAUUGAAAAGUGAACUUAGAACUAUAUUUAGUCAAUUGUGCCAAGAUGACAUGCCUAUGGUAAGGAGAGCAGCUGCGACAAAUCUUGGGAAAUUUGCUGCUACUGUUGAACAGCCACACGUAAAGACUGACAUAAUGUCGAUGUUUGAGGAUUUGACUCAAGAUGAUCAAGAUUCUGUUCGUUUGUUGGCUGUUGAGGGUUGUGCUGCUUUAGGGAAAUUGUUGGAACCUCAAGAUUGUGCAGCACAAAUCCUUCCUGUCAUAGUUAAUUUUGCGCAGGAUAAAUCUUGGCGUGUUCGCUACAUGGUUGCAAAUCAACUAUAUGAGCUUUGUGAAGCAGUUGGACCUGAAGCUACCAGAACGGACCUGGUUCCAGCUUAUGUCCGAUUACUCCGUGAUAACGAAGCUGAAGUGCGUAUUGCAGCAGCUGGCAAAGUAACUAAGUUCUGUCGGAUUUUAAGUCCCGAUUUAGCAAUCCAGCAUAUCCUUCCUUGUGUAAAGGAACUUUCUUCAGACUCGUCUCAACAUGUACGCUCGGCUUUGGCAUCUGUCAUAAUGGGAAUGGCACCUGUUCUAGGAAAGGAUGCAACAAUUGAGCAGCUUCUUCCAAUAUUUCUUUCUCUUCUGAAGGAUGAGUUUCCUGAUGUCCGUCUGAAUAUUAUCAGCAAGCUUGAUCAAGUCAACCAGGUGAUAGGAAUUGAUCUCUUGUCCCAGUCUCUGCUUCCUGCUAUAGUUGAGCUUGCAGAGGACAGGCAUUGGAGGGUUCGCCUUGCAAUAAUAGAAUACAUACCUUUAUUGGCAAGUCAGCUCGGCGUUGGUUUUUUUGAUGAUAAGCUCGGGGCUCUUUGCAUGCAAUGGCUAAAAGAUAAGGUUUACUCCAUCAGAGAUGCAGCUGCAAAUAAUGUUAAACGCCUUGCAGAAGAGUUUGGACCAGAAUGGGCAAUGCAGCACAUUAUUCCACAGGUUUUGGAAAUGAUUAACGACCCACAUUAUCUUUACCGAAUGACCAUCCUUCACGCAAUAUCUCUACUUGCCCCAGUAAUGGGCUCAGAAAUAACUUGCUCUAAACUUCUGCCGGUGAUUGUAACUGCAUCUAAGGAUAGGGUAGCAAAUAUAAAGUUCAAUGUGGCCAAGGUUUUGCAGUCUCUCAUUCCUAUUGUUGACCAAUCUGUUGUGGAGAAGACCAUCCGUCCAUGUCUGGUUGAACUUAGCGAGGAUCCAGAUGUCGAUGUCAGGUUCUUCGCCAACCAAGCACUGCAAGCGGCUGAUCAAGUUAUGAUGUCAAGUUAAACUGCAGCUUUUCUUUGUGUGUUCUGUUUUUUGCUCGACAACCAGCCCCUCUAACAAAUUAUUCAAUAUGCAUUUGUUGUAACCACUGAUUGGCUCACACUAGCAGAGGAAAGUUGAGAUAUAUGGGACUAGAGUUUCCUGGUUUUGUACUUCUGUUUAAAUUAGGUCUGUUCACUUUAUUUUCCGAGUCGUGUGAAUAAGGAAGGUCUUCUUAUUUCGCUUUGAAUGACUCGAUCGUUAUUGCUGUUGCUACUACUAUUUGUUUCAAAAGAAAGAAUAUUAAAACCAAUAAAACAAAUAACACUACAAUAGGCUC